AGAGUUUGGAGUCGUGCGCAUCUCGGCGCGUUGUGACGCACUCGUCAGACGGCUGCUCUUAUAGCGCGUCCGUCCUUUGAGCUGAACCAGAUCCCGCCAGAGGGAGGCUCAGCACCCGCCCGGCUCAAGACCACCACCACUACCAAGGCGAGACUAUGUCCUCCCGGCCCACCUCCCCCGCCUCAGGGAGCUCUCUGCUCCUCCGCCUCGCCCCCCUCCUCCUGCCGCUGGUCCUCAGCUCUCUGGACAGCGCCGAGGGGGCCUCGUUUAGGGACUACCGACUGAGGGGCAGCGAGCCCCUCAGGGAGCCCCCCCACCGGGGCCCUGACCAGGACAUGCUGAAAGCCCUGCGACACAUCGAGAACCUCCGCCACCGGAGUGGCAGGCCGCCCUCCCUGCGGCUCCAGAAGCCCCCCCACGGGGCCCCGGGCUACGACGGGGGCCUGCUGGACAACGCUCAGGCCCUCAGGGCCAUGCUGACCCUGAGGGCCCUGGAGCAGGGCCCGAGCGGGGGGGAGGAAGAGGAGCGGCCGGGGUGGCAGAGGCAGGUAGGGGCGGAGGGAGAGGAAGAGGAGGAGUUGGAGGGGGAGGAGAACCCAGAGCAGGGGGACAAGACCCAGGAGUGGUUCCAGGCAGUGCUGCGCGCCCUGGAGCGUACGGGGCCCGCCAACACGGCCCACCAGCCGGCGUGGGGCCGAGGCACGGGGCUCAGGCUGGGCGAGAGGGCUGCCGCGUCGCAAGAGGCCACACGCAUGAUGUUUGAGGAGGAGGACGGCGAGAAGGGAAAAGAGGAGGAGGGGACAUACGAAGAGCAGGAGGCUGCCGCUGAGGAGGGGGAAGGUGGCGAGCGAGGCAACCCCCUCGUCAGGCGCACAGGCGAGGGCGUGGGGGAGAAGUACACGCCGCAGAAGCUGGCCACGCUGCAGUCAAUCUUCGACGAGGUGGAGAGGCUGGCCACUGGGGGGAAGGAAGAGGAGGAGGAGGGGGGGGUCGGGGAGGAAGGCCGACAGAAGGAGAAGCUCAACAUGAGGAGUCUGGCGUACGACAAGGUGGCCAGAGGGCUGGUUGACUGGGCUCCGCUAAGGCGGGGGGGGGAGGAGGAGGUGGAGGGAGAUGAGGAGGAGGAGGAGGAGCAGCGGGGCAGCAAACCCGAGCCCGACCAGGUCCUGGACUACGGCGAUGACGGAGAGGACGAAGACAUCGGGGUUGAGGAGGAGGAUGGAGAAGAUCUCUCGGCUAGAAGGUCCAUCAACCCCCAACCUACAGAAGACGCAGAGGACAUGGCCAACCUGGUGGACUACUACCUUCUAAAGGUGCUGGAGAAAACUGAGGAGGAGGAUAAAAGAGAAAUAGAGGAGGAGCAGAAAGAGAGGGCAGAGAGGAAGGUUUCUCAGUUUCAAUACUGGGACAACAGAAGCCCACAACAGGACAUGCACCAGCUCCUCAGACUCUCCCAGAAGUACCACAUACCCCCUGAGGAGCUGCUGGCCCUGUUCCAGGCCGAGGACAGGAGCAAGCCAAGGAGCCACACCACCCCGCCUCAGAGCAGCGGGCUGGCCAGGUCGCACAACAGAAUCUUCAAGAAACAGCCUAGCCUUGGAUCCAAGCAGAACAACAGGUACCGCACUCCCGAAAGGCAAAGCAGUUACAAGGCGAAAGACGCGAGGACGCUGGAGAUCCUGAGCCUCCUGGGGUUAGGGAGCACAGGGGGCCCAGUGCCCCUAAAGAGGCCCCCGCCGUACCAAGUCUCACAGCCACAAUUUCAGCCCCAGCCGAGGAGGCAGGAGAAGUACACCCCGGCACAGAGCCCUGGAACACCCAACAAACUAAAGGAGAACUACGACGACAACGUCGGCGAGGACGAACUGGCGGCGUACAUGGCAGCAAAGAUCCUGGAACAAUAUCCCGCCGCGCCGAUGUACAACAAAAAGACGGGCCAGAAACGAUCCGCACUGGGGUUGGUGUGGCCAGACGAGGACGAGGAGCAGGGAGGGCUGGGAUCCUUGGAGCAGGCCAUGCAGGACUACUUUGAUCAGAUUGACUCAGACAGAGCAGCACAGCAGCAGCAGAAAAGACAGUCGGAGAGGGAGGGCCCGGGCGGGGUGGCCCAGACACAGGGCCCCGACGACGACGCGCUCAUGAGGAUGAUGACCCUCCUGACCCCCGAGGGCCAGGCCAGCCAGGAGAAAUGAUCCCCCGCGGGGCCAGGGAAUGCUCACUGGGGGCACUGUAUAUACACACACAUUAUAUAUUGUUUUGUUGUAGAGGGAUUCAAAAAAAAGUAUUUUGAAAAUAAAUAUGUAUAGAACAAUGCAAUUCAUUAUUUGGUUAAUUCCGUGAAACACCUGCCUCAAUUGGUCCUAACUAAGCAGAUAUGGUAGCUCAUGUUUGUAUUUGUGAGUAGGUUCGGUAGUAGAUGUCAUUCUAUCGAUCCAUUGUUUAGCAAAACUUGAACCACUAAACCUAUAGCCUACACCUGACUCACCAUCCUUGCAUUUCAAAGCAGAAUCAGUGCUUGAUUUCUCCCUUGUUUUUGGUUAAUUAAUUCCUAUAGGUGUAGUCAUAUGUGACGUACAUUGGGUAAAUAGAGCAUUGACUUUAUUUUUUCCUUA